GUGGAUCGUUACACGCUGCGCAACGGGCGGCACAUCAUCCUGCUGGCUGAGGGCAGGCUGGUCAACCUGGGCUGUGCCAUGGGCCACCCCAGCUUUGUUAUGAGCAACUCCUUCACCAACCAGGUGCUGGCACAGAUCGAGCUGUGGACCCACAGUGACAAAUACUCUGUGGGAGUCCAUUUUCUGCCAAAGAAGCUGGAUGAGGCUGUGGCUGCUGCUCACCUGGAUAAGCUGUGUGUGAAGCUGACGAAGCUGAGUGACAAGCAGGCCAAGUACCUUGGCUUACCGAGAGACGGGCCCUUCAAGGCAGACCACUACAGAUACUGA